AUGGCCCUCCCCAUGGCUAGCUACGUCUACUGGCAGAACGACGCAUCGGGAAAGCAAUUGAUGUGCAUCAACAUCGCCACGCUGGCAGGCACAUUGUUGGGGCAGGUUCUGUUUGGCUAUCUCGCGGAUCGAUACGGGCGGAAGAAGAUGUACGGUGUGGAGUUGACGCUGUUGAUUACAUCGACGCUGGGAGUGGUUAUGUCGUCGACGGGAGUUCAUAAUAGCAUGGAUGUGUUUGCGUGGUUGGUUUGGUGGAGAGUCGUGGUUGGGAUUGGUGUUGGGGCGGAUUAUCCGCUUAGUGCUGUCAUUACUUCUGAAUUUGCUCCCACGAAACACCGCGCGCGCAUGUUGGCCACCGUCUUCUUUAUGCAACCCCUCGGACAGAUCGCCGGAAACCUCGUCUCCAUGAUUGUGGUCGCAGCAGGCAAAAGCCACGAACAUGAGACGAUCGACAGCGUCCGUUCUGUCGACAGCAUGUGGCGAUGGGUGAUCGGGAUCGGAGUCAUCCCAGGCGCCAUCGCAACGCUCUUCCGUUUCGCCAUUCCAGAAUCUCCUCGCUUCCUAAUGGAAAUCGAAGACGACCCCGUGCAGGCCGAGUUCGAUGCCACAAACCUGUUCAACUUCACCCCCCAGUCUCCGACCAGUCCACCAGCGACCGCUGUAUCUAUGACGAGUUGGCAGGAUCUUCCUAUGCCCGCCCUAUCGAUUACCGGACACUCGAUCGAAGAUCGCGCAUCCUCGUCUCAAGUGGAGAUGAUCCCACCGGCAACCCUCAACUCACACUGGGGUCUGACAAGAUCCGACAUCGUACAAUACUUCUGGACAGAGGGGAACUGGCGCAUACUAGUUGCCACCGCGUCAGCAUGGUUCCUCAUGGACUUUGGCUUCUACGGAAUCAGCAUGUCAAGCCCGCAGUUCCUAGCUAAGACAUGGGGAUCAUUGCAUAUCCGAGGCGCUGCUCCCCCGUGGCAGACGGAUGAUCGUCCCGAGGGGAAUAUCUACCAGAUGUUCCUAGACUCGUCUGUCCAUGGACUGGUCAUUCUAAACAGCGGCUCCUUCUUCGGAUGCCUGCUACUGAUCCUAGUCGUACACAAACUCGACCGUGUCGGCCUCCAAAAAUGGUCCUUCGUCGCACUAGCCGCCCACUUUAUCGCCCUAGGAACCGUCUUCAUAACCACCCAGACCGAAGGCGCCGUCGCAGUCAUCCUCUACAUCCUCGGCCAGAUCCUCUUCAACUUCGGCCCCAACGCGACAACCUACAUAAUCCCCGCCGAAGUCUUCCCCACGCGCUACCGCGCCACCUGCCACGGUAUAAGCGCCGCCUUCGGCAAACUCGGCUCUAUCCUUGUCCAGGUCUUCUCCGCCUACUACCGCUUCAACCCCGCCGCGGACCGCGAAUCGACCAUCCGCCACGGCUGGUCGUUGAUUGUCUUCAGCGCGUGUAUGGUUGUUGGGGCUGCGGUGACGCAUUUCUGGAUUCCGAGCGUGCAGAGAGUUAAUGGGAGGGGGAAGCUUUGGGGUGGGAAGCCGGAGACGUUGGAAGGGUUGGCGUUAGGGAGGUUAGGGGGGAGAAGUCGGUAUGCGGGGACGGCGAAGGGGAGGGUUGUUAGGCCUUUGUCUUAUGUUUCUUAUCAGUUGGGGUAA